UCGGCGGAGCAGCUCGUUCUUGACCUCUGCGAUCCCGAGCUCAGAGAAAACGCCUUGCUAGAUCUCUCAAAGAAAAGGGAGAUAUUUCAGGAUUUAGCUCCUCUUCUGUGGAACUCUUAUGGUACUAUCGCAGCUCUCCUCCAGGAGAUAGUUUCAAUUUAUCCUGCUCUAUCGCCUCCAACGUUGUCCCCUGGUGCAUCAAAUCGAGUUUGCAAUGCGCUUGCCCUUCUUCAGUGUGUCGCUUCACACCCAGAUACGAGGAUUCUGUUUCUGAACGCUCAUAUACCUCUGUAUCUGUAUCCUUUUCUGAACACAACUAGUAAAACAAGGCCAUUCGAGUACUUGAGACUUACCAGCCUGGGAGUUAUCGGUGCCCUUGUCAAGGUCGAUGAUACUGAGGUUAUAAGUUUUCUUCUUCAAACUGAAAUAAUUCCUCUUUGUCUGCGCACCAUGGAGAUGGGCAGUGAACUUUCAAAGACGGUGGCGACCUUCAUUGUACAAAAAAUUUUAUUGGACGACGUGGGCCUUCGCUACAUUUGUGCCACUGCCGAAAGGUUCUUCGCAGUUGGAAGUGUGCUUGCCAACAUGGUUGUAACCCUUGCCGAACAACCUUCAACGAGAUUGCUGAAGCAUAUCAUUCGCUGUUACCUCAGACUUUCAGACAACCCUAGGGCAUGUGAAGCGUUGCAGUCUUGCCUCCCAGAAAUGUUAAAGGACGGAACAUUCAAUAGUUGCCUUCGAGAUGAUCCAGCGACUCGGAGAUGGCUUCAGCAGUUGCUGCACAACGUAGCCGGAGGGAAUCUGCGAGCAUAUGAUGGCCAACUAACAGUGGGAAAAAAAAAAUCUCGAAAAUAUACGCUACAUCAUCAACGUUGUGUUGUUAUUUUUUUUUUCCCAGUGUUAUUGAAAGUGCUGUGUAGUUAAAGCUGUUUCGGUUAUUUCAGUGUUAGGUGAAACUGUGUAAGUUUUUACGCGGUGUUCUGUGAUCUGUUUGUGUCAUGGAAACAAACAAACGGACGCACUAAGUUUUAUGCACGUGGUUAAAUACCAUUAUUAAGUAUUUUUUAUUUAUUUU